AUGGGCGCUCGACUCUCCCAACCGCGUGGUCCGGGCGGGACGACCGAGUCUUCUGUGCCGACGAGAGCCUCACCGCCGCCAUCGCCCAAACGACCCUUUCCCCGCCAAAUUAACCGUCGAACCAUCAUAGCUCCUGCUGCAGCGGCCACCAUGGCAUUGCUCUUGUUCGUGUAUACCAGAACCAGCAUUCGUGCGGCCAAGGCAAAUGCACAGCGUCAUAGAGAUGUUGACAGCGGCGGGGAGGGUUUGAGUCUUGUCAACGAGCACCGGAGACGGCAUGGCCUGGCCAAGAAGAUCGAUGGCGAUGGAGGCGGCACGGUCGUCGAGCUCGGGCGGGAGAUACUGGGUGGUGCGAGGAAAGGUGGUGGUGGUAGUGGUGCUGCGGAUGAUCAAACAAAUCGGACUGAGGAGGAGGAAAGGGCAAAGGUGUUGAAGAUGAGAAUGGCGAGGAAGGGCGGUGACGAUGCUGCGAAGUGA